AUGCGAAUCGCCUAUGGCAUCUACGGAGAACAAACCGCAGAACCAGUCGUCUUACUCCACGGGACGCCAUCCAGCUCCCUCAUCUGGCGAAACGUCCUGCCUCAUCUAACAAGUGCCAACUACAGAGUUUACGUAUUUGACUGGCUUGGCUACGGGCUUUCCGAACGUCCCUGGGAUCCAUCCAUCGAUACCUCGAUUUCGGGCCAAGUGCCAAUUCUGGAGGACUUGCUGGCGCACUGGGGUCUGGAAUCAGCCCAUGUCGUAGCUCAUGAUAUUGGCGGCGGAAUCGCGCAGCGCUUUGCCAUUUUCUCGCCGCAGAGGAUUCGUUCCCUGACGCUUGUGGAUGUGGUCAGUUUCGACAGUUAUCCGUCUGCCAGAACGAAGAAGCAGAUGGAGGACCGUCUAGAGGCCCUGAUUCGGGCGCCAGAAGAGAAACAUCGCGAACAUUACCGGGAUUGGUUGCUGUCUGCUGUGCACAAACGUGAGCAGUUCGAGAGUUCGACUCUCGAUACCUUCCUCGGGUAUAUUUCUGGGCCCGUCGGGCAGGCGAGUCUCUACCAGCAUCAGGUCCGGUUCUAUAACCCCAAGCAUACGUUGGAGAUUGCCGACCGGUUGGGUGAGCUGGGGAAAUUGCCUGUUAAGCUGAUUUGGGGGGCGAAUGACGGGUGGCAGGUUCCUGAUUGGGCGCAUAAAUUGCAUGAAGCUAUUCCCGGGUCACAAUUGGAGAUUAUUGAGGAUUGCGGGCACUUUUCUCCGGAGGAUCAGCCGGAACAGCUCGCUGAGUUACUGGUCACGUUCCUCAAGGAGCAUUCAUAG